AUGACUGAAUAUUGCAAUUAUGACGCCUCAGGAUCUUUGCAAGCAUUUGAUUUUUCAAAUUCUGACUGCUAUUUUGAGGAUUUAUAUAUUUAAAAGGACAUUUUUAAAUUUGUGAUGUUUCCUUGGAAAAAAUAUUGAUAGUGAGACAUUGAUAAGAAAAAUCCAUUAAGUUAAAACAAAUGCCUUAUUAGAAAAAAAAAUCAAAAGAUUCUACUGAAAAUCAUGUACCAUAUUUUGAGUGCGUUUAUUAUAAUGGCUGUGACCCUGGCUUAUUAGGCAACGGAAUUUGUGAUAUCACUUGCAAUUAUGCUGAAUGCGGCUGAGAUUUAGGAGACUGUGGAUAUUGUAAUAAUUCUUGUAAAAAUAAUUCAGGCUAUCAAGAUAUGCUCGGAAAUGCUUGCUACUCAUCAUGCAAUACUGAUAGUUGCUAUAGCGGCGAAAGUUAUUGUCAAGAAUGCAGCAUAAACUGUACAUCUUCUCUAUUAGGUAACGGAAUUUGCGACAAGGUUUGUAAUAAUGCUGACUGUAAUUUUGAUUUUGGGGACUGUGAAAAUAGCACAUGCGCAGAUGGCUGCUACUGGUGAAUGAUAAAUGAUGGAGUCUGCAGUCCAUUUUGCUAUGUUGAAGAGUGCGAUUAUGACGGAACAGACUGCGACUGUGCUCCUGGAUGUUCGGCAGAGAUGUUAAAUAAUUUUCAAUGUGAUCCUGAAUGUGAUGAUAUUAGUUGUGCAUACGAUAAUUAUUUUUGUGGGGAAUGCAAUAGUGGCUGCUUUAAUAAAGAUAUAAAUAAUGGUGUUUGCCAAGCUUCAUGCUGAGUAGCUAGCUGUGACUAUGAUGGGCAUGAUUGCCAAUGUACCACAGGCUGUAAUCAUACCAUUUAUGGCCAAUGCAAUGAAAACUGCAUGAUAGCAGAUUGCUAUUAUGACCAAUUUAGCUCAGAUCCAUCUAAACAAUGCAAAAAUACAACUUUAAUGCUAUUCUAUAUGCAUUUGCAGCUGGUUAGUUACUCUUUAUCAACUUUCCAAAGCAUAGACAACUGUGCAUCACUAAAUUGCAAUACAGAAAUGCUAUUUAGUAGUCAGGAUAGUUGUAUAAAAAACUGCGACUCUAGCCAAUGUGCUUAUUCUUGGCUUAAUUGUGAACCUGAAAUAAAAUAUCAAUGCAGUGAUAAAAAUUGCAAAUAUUGUUAUGGAGAAAAUGAUGGACAGUGCUAUACGUGUAAAGAUUCUUAUUAUCAGUUUUAUGGAUAUUGUGUAAAGGCUUGCCCUUGCGGAUAUUCAGCUAAAUUAAUUGCAGACACUUAUCCUCUGUGUUUGCCUUCUGACCAUAAAGAUGAUAACUCAACGGCUUUGAAUCCAACUUUUUAUUAUGUGACGUCGCUUAAUACGGAUGAUGAAGCUGGAGGAAAUGGAACUUAUGAAAAUCCGUUUGAGUCUUUAGCGCUUGCAUUGACUGUAAUAAAUACUAAAUAUUCAGUUGUCAUAUUGCUUAACGAUGGAGUCCAUUAUUUAACUGAGUUGAAUAAAACAAAUAUCAUGUCAGUUACCUCAGCAGACUCUCAUAAACCUUAUAAUUCUAAAGUUCAGAGAAAAUUCUUAUUUAUAAAUACUGAAAAUGACACUACUGUUGUAUAUCUUAAGCCAAAGCCUGACUGAAAUAUAAUGACUUUUUCGACCCUAAAUACUGAAUACUUAGGUAUAAGCAAUGUCAUUUUUGAUGGAAAUGAAUGGGUUCAUGGGCGUAAUAGCUGUUUGGAUGAGUAUUGCUCAUAUUGCCCAUCUGUAAGUCUACAAUUUGAUGGUAGCUAUAAGGAUGACAGAGGAAACACAAUUACUAAUUUUACAGAAUCAAGCCAAUGUCAAAAAUUCCAUAACUGAAAUUUAUUUGAGGUACAAAGUGGGACUGUAUUAGAUCUGAAUAAUGUUAUAUUCAAAAAUUGAAGAAUGGAAGAAAAUUCCUUGAUUUUUAAUAGUGGAGGAGGUGUCUGACUUUAUGGCGUUGAUUUUGAUAACAUAAGGACGAAUCCUAGCUCUGGAUCUGCUGUAGUUGUAUUUCAAACCUGCGAUGAUGCUUCUGGAUUUACUUAUGGCUGUGGGGACUUUGCGUAUUAUUGAGGAAAGGUUACGAGGCUGAAUAAUGGUUUUGAAUAUUCUUCAUCAUUGACACUAAAAGGAUUUUUCUGAGCUGCUAAAGCUCAAGAUGUGAUUAUUGGAGAAGUGAACUUUGAAAAUAAUGCUGUUUAUUCUUCAUUAAAUGCAGCUGACGAUGCUUUGAUUUAUCUAGAAACUUUUAGAUGCCUCACAAUUUAUUCCUGCAUUUUUUCUUAUAAUGUGGUGUACUCAGCUUUGAUUUAUUUAAAACCUAUAACUCUACAGCUGAAAUCAACAAUAAACCAUCAGAAUCAAUUAGAAGAUUAUUUUAUGGAACAUGUGGAUAUUGAAGACACAAUAUUUUCUCAUAAUUAUGGAUUUUAUUAUGGAAUUUUUGCAGCUCAAUACCAAACUGAGCUGCAGAAUAUUUAUUGAAGCAAUGUAACUAUUGAAUAUAAUGGGGCUGAAAAAGGAGCAUUAGUCUAUAUAUCAAAUGCAGUUAUCCUUGAUAAUUAUAUUUUUGGUCAGACUUCUAUUGUAACAGCGUCUAAUGGCAAUAAGGUGCGUGCUUAUAAAAAAUAUAGGACUUUUAAUUGGGGUGCAAUAAAUUUUGCCAAUAAUAACUCAGGAGGCUCAGGGAUGUGGGAUUUUACAAAACUUGUGAAUUUGAACUUAAGCAACGUUAAUAUUACUUCGAAUGGAGUUAUAAGCAAUACUGUAAACAGCUUAACCUUCGUAUAUUCAAAUAAAGAUUCUAUAGUUUUUCAGAUAAAUAAAUUUAUUAUUUUAAAUAUUUUUUAACACAUAUUUUUACAGUAAAUAAAUUUUUCACAAUCCUCACAUAGUAUAUAAAACUGAAUAAAAAUGUUUGUAUUAUUAUACUAUAGCUCAGUUAAUACCUUAAAAAAUUUUAUUAGUAUUGGAGAAGUUAGUAUUUUCAGCAUGGAAAGCAAAUCCCAAUAUUUAUUUAAAAAACCUAAUUACAUCUCCGGUAUCUAUAGAAUUUUCAUCUUUAGCGUUUAUGAAUACAUUGAUAAACCUGACUAUUGAAAAUUCAAAAAUUAUUAAUAAUUUCGCAACUUUUUCAACACCUUUCUUAUGGAUAAAUAACACAAAUAUUGCUUAACUUAACUUUUAGUAUCUGGUAUUUAAGGUGUCUAGUGCCGCACCCUAAUAAAUAGGGCUAUAGCAAACUAGUGACAUCACGGAGCCAUCUGUAAUCGUAAUGGUCAGCCCAUGGGCCAAGUCUGCUAUCGACGCUUCGCCUCCAGUCGCCGCACAUCUCACCCGACGCGUUGCCGUUGCCUUGCCUUGACUCAGCUCCUGGGCGUGUUCCGCCUAAGGGUCAUCCUCCCGUGGGGAUGUGCUGAGGGGUAAAACUCUGAGCCUCUUGAAUGCACUGAGGAGCUGUUCCUUUUGUUAUCACCAAAGUUAAACAGGUAUUGCUGUGCAGAAGUUCUCGAGAGAAAACUCAACCCCAUAAAUAAAAUUGCUGAGGGAGAGAAAAUUAGCAAAGCUAAUUUCUCUCGGACCGAAUACCAUUUUAUUUAUAAUACAAAUAUUACACUUUUAAAUGAUGUGAUUUUUGAACGCAAUAUAGGCAACUCAGCUGAUUAUCCAACUAUUUUGUAUAUAAAUGGAGGUAAUCAAACUGAUAUUAUAGGCUCAACCGUAUAUACAAGUUUGAAUAUGGCAAAUGAAGGCUAUGGGACGAUUUAUGCCAAGGGAAAUAUAUUAGUCAUGCAAAUAAAAGACACAAAUUUCCAGUGGAACAUUGGCAGUAAAGGAGGAGGACUUUUGUUUUCUGGAAAAUCUCUUUUGCUAGAAAAUGAUGAUUUUAGCUGAAAUUCGUCGCCUUUAAAAGGAGGGGCGAUAUAUAUUGAGCAAACAGGAAGUGGAUUGAUGUCAGUCUCAAUAGAUUCAUGCAAUUUUUUCAAUAAUUUUGUAGGAAUAUUUUCAGGCGGAGCCAUUUAUAUGGAAAAUAGUGGUUUUUUGACUGAGGUGGCUACUUUUUCAAUAAAGGAUUCAAAUUUUUCUCAAAAUUGUGCUACUUAUGGAGCUGCAAUUUAUAUAGAUAACUCAGUUAUGCUUGAUCGAAAUAGUAACUCAUGGAUCGCUUCUACAAAAUUUGUUGAAAACAAUUCAAGCGAUUCUGGAGCUGUUGCAUUAUAUUUUUUUGAUGGUUUUUUUCUGAUUUCAGAUUGUGAAUUUUCUUCAAAUAUAGGAAGACUGGGUGCAUCUCUACAUGUAGAAUUAACAUUAGUAUUAACUUAAUAUAUAGAGAAGUCCGCCGUUUUCCGACCUAAGAGCUUACCUUCACCCAUAACGCUUUAUCGGCUGCCCACCUUCAACUGUCUAACAGCCUUCAAAGUGUUUCUUCUUCUGGACGAAGAUAUGCAUUCGCUACCCGAGGUUGAUCCGCCGUGCCGUAUAUAGAAAUUUCCCUUAGAUGGCGCUGUUUGCCCUUGAUUUGCCUACUGAAAAAAUUUUUUGGUUUGACCAAACCAUAUGGUACUGGUCGAACCAAAAAAUUUUUUCAGUGGGCAAAUCAAGGGCAAACAGCGCCAUCUAAGGGAAAUUUCUAUACCAACAGACGAAAAUUUGAAAACAAUUUUCUUGUAUAAGAUUCGGCCAAAAUGGAAAUUCAGCCUGGGACGUAACGCCCAGUUUCAUGCUAGGAAGUUACCCAAUUGACCAAGUGGGUUUCUUUGGCAUAGCUGAGCGUUCCUCUCCAACUUUGGAAGCCAUUUCCCCUAGGUAAAACCCUGACAUUAAAUUCGCAGAGGUCAAUCAAAUUUGAUCUUGCGCCCCCCUGUGCCAAGGAAAAAAUCUAGGCGGAUAUACAUACUGAGCCCCAAAUUCCCUUCCAAAAGGUCCCCAACGCCCUGUCGCCUACAGGUUUUGAAAAAAAGGGCUGGCUAGUCGCCAUUUUAAUAUGUAUCACAUGUAGAAAUUGAUUCUGAGUAUAAGGACUGGUACUCAACACUAACAAUAGAAUCGACUAAUUUUACUGAAAAUUCAGGUCAAGCAGUAAUUUAUACGGCAAACUCUGAUAUGUAUUCACAUAUUAUUACUAAUAACUGCAUAUUUUCUCAUAACGCUGCAACACCAAUAGAGCUAGACUAUGAUUAUUGGGAGGAUAAAAACUCUGUGAUUACAAAUAAUAUAGGAAAAUUCUCAGGAGGAGCCAGAUUUAACGAUUUUUCGCUUAUAAAAUGUGAAAAUACCAUUUUUUCUAAUAAUGAAGCAAUUAAAAGUGGAGGUGCAGUUUCUUCAGGAUCAGGCUCUAAGUUUUACUGUAUGGCUUGUACAUUUAUAAGGAAUACAGCGAAGAUUUCAGGCGGCGCAAUUUUCGUUGAGCAAAGUUUUUUAAAUUAACUUAAAUUCAGUUUUUAAAGGUGCCGCGCGCCGCUCCCAAAGAACGGAAGCCAAAAAUAGUGAUUCAAGGCCCAUUAUGUCAUUUAAAAUGGCGCACCAUAUGUGCAGAAAUUCUAAAAUAAUGCUCCCGCCAACCAAAGCUGCACUUCACAUCUGGUGCCUUGCCUUCGCUCUUGUCAGGCUUAGCUUCGGUGCAUGCUUUGCUAAGGGUCAUCUUGGAUGUGCUAAUUGGUAAAACCAAGCCUCUUGAUGCACUGAGGAUAAUUUCAUCUGUUUAUCUCCAAACUUAAACCGCAGAAUUUAAAAAACAAACCAUAAUAAAAUUCUAUGAGGGAGUGAGCAAAAUUAAUUUCUCUCGAAUUGAAUGCCAUUUAAAAAUCCAUUGAGCAAAAUUCAUUUUUUAAUAUCACCAAAUCUUAUAUAAAAGAAAAUAAGUGCAGCAAUAAAGGAUCAGCAAUUUACAUGUUAGGGUCAACUACUCCUGCUUCUUUAAUUUUAGAUUCCACAAUUUCUUAUAAUAAUUCGACAAAUGAAGCUACCAUUGCUCUCCUUGAUUCUUCUAUAUACAUUGAAUCAUCAACUAUAACUCAAAAUAUUGCAUCUUUUAUUACUCCUGGAGUCCUUUUGACUCUAUCAGAGGCAACUAUAGCAAACUCUGAGUGUUCUAGCCAGAGUGGAGAGGAAGGCAGCUUUAUAUAUGCAGCUACACAAAGCACAGCUGAUAUUUAUAACACCACGUUUACAAAUGGGGUAAGCUCGAACUCAGCAGGGGCUAUUUAUUCUAUUUCGAGUACUGUGAAUAUAUAUAAUGGCACUUUUAAUAAAAAUAGUGCCAAAAGUGGAGGAGGCGGAGCUAUUCUGUCAUACUCAAGCAGCACUUUGCUAAUAAAAGACAGCGGAUUUUAUGACUCAUAUAGUAAAGAUGUAGGAGGGGUGAUAAUCGGUUACGAAAGUGGUUUAGAAAUCUACGACACAGUCAUGAAAAAUUAUAGGAUUGGGGCUAUUUAUGGAUCAAAAAUGAACUCAGUUACUAUAAAAGGUUCAAAAUUCUAUAAUGGGUAUGGCACCAAUGGAGGUUCAUUAGCAUGCAUUUCUUGCUUAUCAGUGUAUAUAUGCAAUUGCUAUUACCAAGGAAACACUGCUGAAAUAGGUGGAGCUAUCUAUUUAUCAACAUCAAGUGACAUAGAAAUAUGCAGUCCUUAUGUCAUAAAAGAAUCAUUAUUUUGGAAUAAUUCAGCAUCUUUGGGAGGUGCAAUCUACACAAAUGAUGUUAGUUUAAAUGUAUCCUCGUCAAUAUUUGUAGGAAAUAUUGCAAAUACUACUAGUGAUGCUGUUGGAACUAGCCCUUCAGCUGGAAAUGGAGGAGGAUUAAAUUUAGCCUGCUCAGAUUUUACUAAUUGUGCGUUUAAUAUCACAUAUAAUAGCUUUACAGAAAAUUAUGCCAAAUAUAAUGGGGGAGGAAUAAAUUGGGAAGAUAUUUGCCCAAUAACAAAUGGAAAUUCGUUUAGUGAUAACAAAGCUGCUUAUGCUCCAGAAAUUUCUUCAUUUGCAAUAAAAUUGAUGGCAGUUGAUAAAGAUGGACAUUUAAUAAAUUAUAGAAAACUUGAGGAGAUCCCUACUGUAACCUCAAUUGAAAAUAUAGCAUCUGGCCAAAUAACAACUGAAAAUAUAACACUAGUACUAGUUGAUUAUUAUGGAAAUAUUGUAUCAACUGAUAGCUCAAGCACAGCCCAACUUUUCCCUGAGGAUUCAACUUCGACAACAAUAUCAGGGACCACAAAAACGACAGCUGUUAAUGGAUUAUACAUUUUCACAAGCUUCAUAGUCUCAGCUAAGCCAGGAACAAGCAUUUCUAUAAAAAUAACGUCGGCAGGUAUAGAUACCUCAAAACAGUCAAAAGCUUCGACUGAUACAACUUUUAUUCCUUCUGUAAAGGUUGAUGUAGAUAAUAAUAAAAUGGCUAAGUGCGGAAUUAGUUCUCUCCGAGAACUAUUCCUUCACUCGCUUUUAUUAUUAUGGGGUUCAGUUUUCCACGUGGCCUUUUAUCAGCAAUACCAAUAUGGAAUACCGCAUAGGGUAUUUCUUUGGUCCAAGAUAAUAAGCUCUACCUGGGUUUGCUGCUUGACACACCGAGGAGGGUGACCCUUAGGCAGAACACGCGCAGGAGUCGAGUUCGGGCGAGGCAACGCUGCCGGCACGGGAUUUCUGGCCCUGCUGAGGCGGAACUUUAUAGACGGCCAGAUCGGGCUAACCGAUCCAGGAGUGCUUGGUGACGUCACCAGUUGGGAGUUAAAAGGAUGGGCUCAAGCAUGCCUAAAUCAUCCUGCUGAAGAAAUCAAAACACCUUAAAUACCUAAGUAACUAAGUAAAGUAAGUAAGUAAGUAAGUAAGUAAGUAAGUAAGUAAGUAAGUAAGUAAGUAAGUAAGUAAGUAAGUAAGUAAGUAAAGGUUGAUGUAACACUUCGGCUAUGUAUAGUAGGAGAAGCUACUAUAGGUGUUAAUUGUGAAGUUUGUGGACCUGGGUAUUAUAGUUUAAAUCCUACAAACACUGAAUGUAUAGCUUGCCCAUCGCAUUCAGCAACUUGUUAUGGAAAUUAUACUAUUGUACCACAAAAAGGAUAUUGAAGGCCACAUAAUAUGUCAGAUAACUUUAUGGAAUGUCCUAAGCCUUCGUCUUGUUUAGGAUCUCCAUUGCCCCCUCAUCUUUCUUUUACUGGACUUUGUCAUGAAGGCUAUACAGGAAAUUUAUGCCAAGCAUGUGCUAGUGGCUACUCAAGAACAAGCACUAAUACUUGUGGAAAAUGCCCAGACCUAGUUUCUAACGCUUUUAAAGUAGUAGGAAUAGUAUUGGUUAUGAUAAUUGUAUGAGGAAUAAUGGUAAAAACAACUAGAAAUUCUGCAUAUAAGCCCAAAUCAGUACAGUCAAUAUAUAUAAAAAUUUUUGUGAACUAUUUGCAGCUUGUUACGCUAAUGACUACUUUUCAUUUGCAAUGGCCUUCGAGUGUAUCUCAGCUUUUUUCAGUUCAGAAUGACACUGGAUCAGUGAGUCAAGAAUUUUUUUCUUAUGACUGCUUUUUAGAUGAAGGUCAAGGAAAUAACCAAGUAUACUUCAGCAAGCUUGUUAUAAUGAGUAUUAUCCCUAUAAUUAUAGCAAUUAUAUCAAUUUUAUUCUAACUCCCUAUCUGAAAAUUAAUUCUCAACAAACAAAAAAAAUAGAAAUUUUAAAGAUUUUUAUUUAAUUUUUACCUAACUCCCCCUUUAAUUGGAACAAAACAUCAGUAAUAAUUUAAAAGGUGUUAUAGCCUAAAUGCGAGGAAUUAAAUUAUUUCAAUAGGAAUUUAUUUUAUGAAAAUACUUAUUAAAAAAAUUUUUUAAAAAAAUUAAAGAUAAAAAUACUAGUAUUUAUAAAAUAAGUUCUGAAUUAAUUUAAUAGACAAAAUGCAAGUAGAAUGCUAUUUAAACAGUUUUUAACACUUAAAUGAUUAAUUUUUUUAAUUGUUUCUUCAUUAAAAAUAAAAAUAUUGUAUUCACUUAUUAAUUUUUAAAAAAAUUUAAAUAUAUUUAUUUUAAAAACAACCCUCUAAAUUAGAACAGGAUUUUUUAUACCAAUUUAAAAGGGUGGGGUAAGAGAUGUGAGGAUCUGUGGCAAUUUAUAAAAAGACUUUAACAUCAUUUAAAAAUGAUUUGACUUCUACCAUUGUCAUUUUACUUUUUCUUUAUCAUCCAAAUUUAGUCAAAUCUAUGUUUGCGAUGUUUUCUUGUAGAGAAAUAGAAGAAGGAGAAUAUUGACUUAUAGAUAAUUUAGAUAUUAGGUGUUGGGAUGAUAGACACAUAUUUUAUUCAGUAACUGUUGCAGCUCCCUCUAUUUUAGUUUGAGGAAUCGGAAUUCCAACUCUUUCUUUAUAUUUUCUAUGAAGAAAUAAGCGACGCUUAGACUCAAUAAGCGUCCGGCUUCAAUUUGGAUUUCUUUUUAAUGGAUAUAAGGCAAAAUCUUAUUAUUGGGAAUUAGUCAUCUUAUAUAGAAAAAUCCUUAUUGUUUGUUGUUCAGUAUUUUUAGCAAAUAUUUCUACAAGUAUUCAAGCACUUACUAUCAUGAUGCUGCUUUUGUUUUGCGUUUACUUCCAAAGCAUAGUGCAGCCUUAUGAUGGAGAUGCUUUAAAUGAGAUGGAAGUUCGCUCAAUUUUGGUAGCGGCUGUUACAAUAUAUUGUGGGCUUUAUUACUUGACUGGGUCUUUAGAUUUUUAUUCAAAAACUAUUUUUUUUAUUUUAAUCUGUGUAGCAAAUAUUUAUUUCCUUUACUAUUGGCUUAAAAAAAUGUUUGGAGUUAGUUUGCAAGUCUUAAGUAAUUUAAUUCCAUGUUUAAGGAGAAGAUUCAGUCGAAAAGUAAUGGACGGGUUUAGUGAUGAUAUUUUUGAAAAAACGGCGUUAAAUCAUAUUAAAACCAGGCAAGGAGAAAGAUAUUUUACAAUGAUUUCUAAUGAUGAUCUACUUUCAUCUUUGCCUGUUGAUGAGGAUUUAGAAAAAGUGCUAAAUAUGGACAUGAAAACUUUAUUUUUGAAUGUGAUGGAAAACAAUAGCAGCUUCUCAAAGGAGAACCAAAAUGAAGAGACUGAUAAUAAUAUUUCUUAUGAAAAUCACUAUACAUGGUCUGACCGUGUAACAGGAGAUUGGUCAGGCCCUCUUCCAGUUUCAGGAUCUGCAAGCUUUCAACUGAACUCAAAUAAUUAA